ACAGCAGUUAAACCAAAGUGUUACGAAUCUAUCGCCAUUGGCGCUCAUUAUAGAUUUGUUACAGAUCCAAUUGAGAGCAUAAGAUUUUGUUGUGCAGAUAUUCAGAGCUUCGGGAUUUGAUCUGUGUGCCAAACAGAUAUGGCGCAUCGAGGAUCAAAAUUGCUGGUCCUGUUAUUGUGUUUAUCGUACUCGCUAAUUGCCAUUGCAGCUAAGAGUUAUUACGACAUUCUGCAAGUUCCGAAAGGUGCUUCGGAGGACCAGAUCAAACGCGCGUAUAGGAAACUGGCACUGAAGUAUCAUCCGGAUAAGAAUCCAGGAAAUGAGGAAGCUAAUAAGAAAUUUGCUGAAAUAAAUAAUGCUUAUGAAGUCCUAUCCGACAGUGAGAAGAGGAAUAUUUACGAUAGGUAUGGGGAAGAGGGUCUUAAACAGCAUACUGCAAGUGGAGGAGGUAGAGGUGCCGGAAUGAACAUCCAAGACAUAUUCAGCUCGUUUUUUGGGGGAGGCUCAAUGGAAGAAGAAGAAGAGAAGAUUGCAAAAGGUGAUGAUGUAAUUAUUGAUUUGGAUGCAUCACUCGAAGAUUUAUACAUGGGUGGUUCGCAGAAGGUUUGGAGGGAGAAGAAUAUUUUAAAGCCAGCACCUGGUAAGAGGCGAUGUAACUGCCGCAAUGAGGUUUACCACAGGCAAAUUGGUCCAGGGAUGUUUCAGCAGAUGACAGAACAGGUCUGUGAUCAAUGCCCUAAUGUGAAGUUUGAAAGGGAAGGCUAUUACAUUACUGUGGAUAUUGAAAAAGGGAUGCAAGAUGGGCAAGAAGUGGUCUUUUAUGAAGAUGGUGAGCCUAAAGUAGAUGGUGAACCCGGAGAUCUAAAGUUUCGCAUUCGUACAGCUCCACAUGAUCAAUUCAAGAGAGAAGGCAAUGACCUUCACACUACUGUCACAAUCACUCUGGUGCAAGCGCUUGUUGGGUUUGAAAAGACCAUUAAACACCUUGAUGAUCAUCUUGUGGACAUUGGCUCCAAGGGGAUCACGAAGCCAAAGGAAGUGAAGAAGUUCAAGGGUGAAGGCAUGCCACUUCAUUUUAGUAACAAGAAGGGUGAUCUAUAUGUGACAUUUGAGGUUCUCUUCCCCACAUCAUUGACAGCAGAGCAGAAGACCAAGAUCAAGGAAGUUCUUGGAUAGGCUGCUGUUUUUUGUCUAUCGUGUUUUGCUACAAUGAGUUUCAUACGAGAUAUGUUCUCAAUGAACCAACCUCUUUUUAGGGAGUAGCAUAAUUGGUCUGAAUUCCAUUUUUACUAGCAGUCCAGCAAUUUUCACGGCUAUUGUCAUAGUAUUUUCCUCCCUUUUUUUUUACCAUUAGUAAUUUGUCACGACUCAGGAUAGAGACCGGCUGCUUAGCAGCGCAGCGCAAGUGCUAUGAUGGAUUCUUGAUACUAUAUUUGUACUAAAAGAAUCAUUAAUGUAGAAUUCCAGGAAUGGGAAUUUGUAUAUUUCUAGCAA